AUGUGUAUAUCUGCCAUGGCUGUGACUGCGACUGCGACUACGACUGCGAGUGAGCCGUCGCUCUGGCAGAGUGCCUGCGAGGAGUAUGCCGCGGCCACUGGAAUUACGCUGACGGACGAGCGUUUCCCCAGAGUCCAAGGGCCGCAGGACCUCGCUCGCCAGCUGGAAUGCGAAGAGAGCAGGUUUGAAGACUUCCGGAUGAAGAGACGGCCGCUGUUCCAUGCCAUGCAGCUGGUCCUGGCCCCCUUUGAGACCUGGGGCAGCCUCGUCGCCGGCGUGGCCGCUGCUGCUUUCCCGCCAGCGUCCUCGAUCAUGGGCGCGAUGCUGCUUCUCGUGCGGGCAGCAAACAGGGUCAGCGAUGCUUUCAAUGGCAUCGUCGACCUAUUCCAUAAGCUGGGCAACUUCUCCCUCCGCCUGGACUCGUACAAGGGCGUCCCUCUGAGCGAAGGGAUGAAGACGAUCAUCGUGAAGGUGCUGGUGAACUUCCUCCGGGUCUGCGCAGCCUCGCAGAAGCUGCUGGGCCAGGGUUCGCUCAAGGCGAGACUCUCAAAGUGGGCAAAGAAUAUCCUCGUUGAUGACACGUCGGUCAGCUCCCUGCUGGGCGAGCUGGAAGAGCUGACCGGCCAGGAGCAUCUGAUGGUGGCUGCUCACGGCCUCAGUCUCACCCAUCAGGCCCUGAGAAACACGGAGGAACUGCUCGCCAGAGACGGCCACAGAACCGACCGCGAGAGGCUGGAGAGGGUCAAGGCAGCGUUGGAUCCGGUUUCUGCGUCAGGCCAGGUCUUCUCGUCCAUCACCCAGAAUCGUAUACCUGGUUCCGGCCGCUGGGUCGAGGAAAGGCUGCGGUCCUGGUGGCAGGAUUCCCAGCCGCUUCUCUGGAUUCACGGCGGCCCCGGGGUAGGCAAAUCCCAUCUGGCAUCGAAGAUCAUCAACGACCUGGCAGACGAAAAGACGACGGCCGUUGCCUCGUUCUUCUUCAAGAACAACGAUGUCGACCUACGCUCCCUCAACAAGGCAUUGCGAACCCUGGCAUGGCAGCUGGCCACGCAGCAAACGAGCUUUGCGGUGCAUUCAGAGGAGUUUUGCAUGAAAGAAGAUCUAGGGGAUAGCUACGUUGUUUGGGAGAAGCUCGUCCUAAACUACUUUACAGAUGGCCGUCCCUCGGGCACUGCGGCGUGUCUGGUCAUCGAUGGCAUUGAUGAGGCCCAGACGGAGGAACAAGAAGUGCUUUUCAGCCUACUGGAAAACGCCUUUUCAGCCGAAGGGGGUACGGACAGAGGCUUUCCUCUACGGAUCGUACUGCUCAGCAGGGACUCGGUGCGUGGCAUGCUAGACGAGCAUUCCUUGGGCUGGAUUCCUGAGAUUGAAGUCGGUAACAGCCAGAACGAGGAAGACCUCCACCAAUAUAUUUCUCAGAAACUGCAAAAGACCAAAUUGUUCGGCGGGUCUCCUGGAUUCCGGGAGGAAAUGGUAAACGGGAUCAGUCGGGGCGCGGAAGGGCUAUGGGAGUGGGCCAACCUUGUCAUCAAAUCUGUCCUGCGCUGUCGAACCAAAGAGCAGAUCCGAAAGGUGGUCAGGACACUGCCGAGAGGAAUCAGCGCGAUGCUGACUGAAGAGUUGCAGCGUCUGGGCAAGGAGCUCUUGCGACUGGAAGAGUUGUCCGGAGACGAGGCAUCAGACGGUGCUGGACCGGCUACACAGAUUGAGCCGCUCAAUGUCCUGCUUUCCUUUGUCACUCUGGCCCCAAAGCCGCUCACCGUCCGUCGGCUUGACAUCAUUCUCGAGCUCAUCCUGAAGGAGGAGUUUCUGAACCUCGAAGAUGACAUUCGCACGAUCUACUCUUCUCUGUUUUCCAUCAGGGACAACGACGACCCAGACGACUUUGAGGAAAACGGCAACAUUGUGACACUCCGACAUAGCUCUUUUUACGAGUUUUUCAAGACACCGGGGGGCUCUGGGCCUAUCCAUGUCGAUGUCGAUCGUACGCAAGCAGAGUUUGUCUAUGUUUGUCUCUACGCCCUCAAACACAACUACACACCAUAUCUCGAUAGAUACAUGGAAGGCCUUGGGGCAUAUGCUGAUAACUUCCUGCCGUCACACCUCAGCAACGUGGACCCUGAAAAGGUAGGAAAACUACGAGGAGAUAUAUCGCCUUUGCUUGUGAGCCUGUUUAGCCCGGCAGAGCCAGGCCGUGAACAUCGAUUCAUCCAAGAAAUGCAAGUUAAGGGGUUUGACUCGUAUACAUUCUACCCAACGUGCGAGUUGACUGAGCUUGGCUCCUACUGGCUGGACGCCAAAGAUCCAGAUACCGCAAAUAAAAGGGCAGAGAUUGCGCUCAGUUGGCUUCUGCCAAAUUCAAGACAGAUGUUUGUGGACCAUGCCCGAUCUUCAGCGCUGAUGAGUGAUGCAUGCUCUUUCACGAUUCUCUUAUCGCUCCUGGUAGAGUCCUGGAGCCAACGCUGGCUAGAACCAGGUGAAAUCAAGGACGACGAUGGAUUGCCUGCCAUUGCCCCCGCAAUUUUAACAGUAUACAAUGAGAUGAUGGCAACAGGGGCGAAGCAAUCCGAUAUAGUAACCAGGGUAUCGCAAGUGAUGUGUGAUUACAGAACACCCUCCAGGGUCUUGAUUCCAGCCGAGUCGCAGAGGCUUCAGCAAACGCCUAUGUGGCAUGCUCGAGUCGCUCAGGCGUUACUCCUGCGUCAUUGUUAUGAAAAGGCCCUCGAUCAUUUCCAAAUCGCACUCGACGGAAACCAACAGACGCCGACAUUCAGCACGCAAUCCUUGUCUCUAAUACAUGGAGACAUGGCCCGUACAUGCACCGGGAUCGCGAGGCACAAAGAGGCAUUAAAGCAUCUGGAAUUAUCCGAGUCCCUUCGCAGUUCUCUGCAGGAGAAUGCUCAUCACGUCUCCAGGGAUAUUAUCAGUCACUUGCUAUACAAGGCGCAGAUGAAACACUCCGCGAAAUUGAUAGAUGAUGCGAUUGCAACUGCAGUGGACGCUUGGGAGCUGCUAUUAAGGAUGAGAGCCGAGGACCGUGACACUGAGCUGUUUUCAUUCUUCUUGAUCUUCUUGGAACUAAACCAGCCUCAUCGUCUGCGGCCCGUACUUGACCUUGUCUUCUCUUGUCCCGAGGAGGGUAUCGACAGUACACUCAGGCCGCUCGAUUUCGAUCGCUUCUUCCUCAACUUUUUUGUUGCUGGGCCUCGUGUAAUGUACAGGGUCCUUCACCACACUCUAUCGCACGAAGAUCAGCGCCAACUUGACGCUACCGCAACUAUCCUGAAGAAGGUCGAUACCGAAUUUGAGAAUCUUGCAACUGUCAAGUAUCUCUUAUCAACGGUAUUGUUUGAAAAAGGCCGGACAGCUUUAGGGAUACAGGGCUGGUAUGAGAUUGCAUCUCUCUCCAAAGCAUCUUCCGAUGUGUGGGAUAGGUCUGCUCGCAUUCUGUCAAUUGGUCGCCUGGUUGACCUGUGUCUGAAUGAUACCAACAUUCCUCUCCAUGUGAUGUCACCUUUGGUCUUGGAUGAAAAUGCUGAGCUCGGCGAUAUCUGUCUAAUCCUCUCGAGUUGGCUGCGAGACCGUGGGGAUAUUGCAAACUCUAGAGAUGCUCUCCGCUGGUGCGUGAAAGAGUGCAUCUCGCUGUUAUCAGAUGACGAUCCUUCAAACGACAUCGAUGCCUUCAUGAGACUUUUUCGAACAUUUUUGGCCGAUAGAGAUAGCGAUGAAGACCUUGGAGCAGUCUUAUAUCUAAUCAAACAAGAUACGGAACUGGGGAGGAGGCCUCCCAAGGACAGAACGGUUGCUACAACAACCCUGGACGAUACGGACCUCUCUGGGACGCUCAACCACCUACAAUUAAAAAGUGACCAGGAUCAGACUCUGGAUGAUGACAUGGAAGAUGACAUGGAUGAUGCCAUGUUUCUAGCUACUACGUGUAGUCCACUAACCGAGUGCAUGAGCUGCAAGCAGGAAAUUGGAUCUGGCCACCAUUGGUACUUCUGUCGGUCUUGCCCAUUCUCAACACUAUGCUGGCAAUGCUACCGCCAGUUUGAGUCUGAUGAGGCAUCCAAACUCGUACGUAUCUGCAAGCCUGGGCACAAAUUCUACUAUACUGGCCCGCUUCUGCGACCAUCUGAGUGUGUACUUGAAGGCAUGGUGCCCUUGGUUUCUCCUGAUGGCGAGAAACGGAUCGUCUGGGUGGAGGAAUGGAAGGAUAGGCUGGCAGUGAAAUGGGAGACUGCGGAUUUUGUGCUGGAAGGUGGCCUGUCAGCUUGGUGUAUGCGUGUUCUUCCAGAGCCACAGCGAUCUCGGUGGGCCACAUUCUUCCAGAUAUAA